AAACUUCUUCUAUCCUCAGCUUUUCCGCCGGGCUUACAAGGAGCAUAUACCAUCAUCCUCAGUAUUACCCAGAGUACAAUUACGAACAAUGGCUGCUCCCAUUCAGAAGAACAAGAUCACCGAGCGGGUCGCAGUGGACCCCAAGACUGGUGAAUUUCAACGCAAACCAUCUGUAUUUCGCGACGCCAUCUCAAAAGCUCAUGGAGCUCGAUUCCCUCCGGAGAAGGGCCGGAACCAGCUCUACGUCUCAUAUGCCUGUCCGUGGGCUCACGGCACCCAAAUAAUUCGUGAACCUUAA